AUGACAAUUGUAGACUCGUUGGACACCUUGCUGAUUAUGGGACUCACGGAAGAAUUUCAACAAGCCAGAAAAUGGGUUCAGGAUAAUCUCAACUUCUACAAUGAAAACUCUUUUCUCUCGGUGUUCGAAACGAACAUACGGUUUGUCGGCGGAUUAUUGUCCACUUAUGCAUUGACAUGCGAUGAAAUGUUCAAGAAAAAAGCGGUUCACAUUGCUGACAAAUUACUCCCAGCUUUCGAUAAAUCCCCUUCUGGAAUUCCAUACAGUCACGUAAACCCUGUUACAGGAGCAGUAAAGAAUCACAAGUGGUCUCCAUCAGGAACGACUAUUUUAGCAGAUGUUGGAACUCUGCAUCUGGAGUUUGCUUACUUGACAAAAAUCACAGGCGACAAAAGGUAUUUGGAAAAGGUUGAAAAAGCAAGGGCUGUGCUCAGAGAUGCACCGAAACAGGAUGGAUUGUAUCCAAACUACGUUUCGGUGAUGACUGGGAAUUUUCACGGAAAUGAAGUCAGCAUGGGGCCAUUUGGAGACAGUUUUUAUGAGUACCUACUCAAGUCCUGGCUUCAGUCCAACAAGACCGACGAGAAUUCAAAGAACAUGUUUUACGACGCCAUUGAAGCCAUUUCCGGAAAAUUGUUGAGGAUUUCAAACAGUGGCAUGCAUUACUUGACUGAUUUUCGUGGCGGUCGUUUGGGCAACACCAUGGAACAUUUGACGUGUUUCGCUGGAGGAUUAUUUGCCUUAGGUGCUCACAACAAUCCAGCAGCUCUUGAAUCAUCUAAGCACUAUUUUAAAAUUGGACAAGAAAUUACGGAAACGUGUCACCGCAGCUACGAAUUAACAAAGACAAAAUUGAGUCCCAACGUUUUCUCAUUCACGGGAAACGGAUCCAACGAUGCCAAAGGAACCGAGAUGUUUUACUGCCUCAGACCCGAAGCAGUGGAGAGUUAUUUCGUGUUGUGGAGACUGACCCAUGAUGACAAGUAUCGUCGAUGGGGUUUCGAGUUGAUCGAAGCCUUGGAGACCCAUUGUAGAGUGGAACACGGGUUCAGUGGGGUUCGGGAUGUUGAUAAUUUACCCGUGGUGCAUGAUGACGUGCAACAGAGCUACUUUCUGGCGGAAACGUUGAAAUAUUUGUAUUUGCUCUUCAGCAAUAAUGAUGAAGAGAUCUCCCUGAGCAAGUGGGUGUUCACCACAGAAGGACAUCCUUUGCCUGUGUUUAAUUGA